AUGGUCAACUUAGCUUCUAUUGAUGAUUUAGUCGAAUGGCAAAAAAGGGUGGACGACAACACCAAACUAUCCAAACUUGCCAUCCCAGGAACUCAUAACAGUGAAGCGUACCACACCUCCUUACCCUCAGUGCAAUGUCAAGAUGCCUCUGUCACCCAACAAUUAGAACAUGGCAUCCGUUUCCUUGACAUCAGAUCCGGGAGAAAACCUCUUAGCAAAGUGGUUUCGACUAUUACCGCUACCAUCACCGGAUCUCCUAAUAACAGUUCUUCCAGAGACGUGAGUGAAUUGUACGUCGUCCACGGUACUUUCCCCGUCAAAUUACCAAACACCACCAAUUUGGACAAAGUUUUAAAUGAAGUUUACGAUUUCUUGAGCCGUCAUCCAUCUGAAUGUGUGAUGAUUUCUAUCAAACAAGAAGGUGAAGGAUCAUGGGACGGGGAUGAUUUUCCAAACUUGCUUUGGAAAAAAUACGUCGAGCCCCAUCAAGACAAGUACUACUUGAAUACCGAUAUCCCAAGACUUGGGGAUGUCAGGGGUAAGAUCUUUCUUUUCAGAAGAUUCGGGGUUCAGAAUUCUGAUUUAAAUGGUCAUUUUGGGUUCGAUGCUCAUUUCUGGAACGAUAACACUACAAGCGACGACAGAGGGUCUUUUAGUGUUCAAGACUUCUACGAUGUUAAGCAGGCCACAGAUAUUGAGGCCAAGGCCAAGUAUGUCAAGGAACAGGCCCAAAGAGCAUCCGAUUAUUGCCGGGACCAUGAUGAUAAACUUUUUGUCAACUUUUGUUCUGCCAGUAACUUCUUUGAUACUGCGUGUUGGCCAGAGAAGAUUACUGAGGGUUUGACUAAGUAUGGGUUAGUUGAUUCAUUUGGUAAAGGGUGUGGUGUUGUGGUGAUUGAUUAUGCUUCCAAAGACGAUUGGAACAUUCCUAGGGCUUUGGUUGCUCAAAACUUUUAG